AUGUUUGCCAAGAGAGCGUUCUUAGGAAAGACGAUAAAGUCAGCCUUGUCGACACGAUCUUACACUUGGGCUUCCCAAAAGGUUGCCAUGUCCAAUUUUGAAAAUGACAAAUAUAUCAACUAUCAACGCAUUGAAGAUAAUCUGAAAGUAGUUAAAAGAAGAUUAAAUCGCCCGUUAACACUUUCUGAGAAAAUUGUCUAUGGUCAUCUUGAUGAUCCUGAGAGUCAAGAUAUUGAACGUGGUAAAUCAUACUUGAGAUUGAGACCUGACCGUGUUGCCUGUCAAGAUGCAACGGCUCAAAUGGCGCUUUUACAAUUCAUGUCUGCUGGUUUACCUAAAGUGGCCGUUCCAACGACAGUCCACUGUGAUCACUUGAUUGAAGCUCAAGUGGGUGGCGAUAAGGAUCUUGCUCGUGCUAUUGAUAUUAACAAGGAGGUCUAUGACUUUUUGGCAACUUGUACUGCAAAAUAUGGCAUAGGCUUUUGGAGGCCAGGCUCUGGUAUCAUUCAUCAGAUCAUUUUAGAAAAUUACGCUUUCCCCGGUGGUCUCAUGAUCGGUACCGACUCACAUACACCUAACGCUGGCGGCCUUGGUAUGGUGGCCGUAGGUGUAGGCGGUGCUGAUGCAGUUGACGUCAUGUCAGGUGUACCAUGGGAGCUUAAAUGUCCCAAAGUUAUUGGUGUUAAAUUGCAUGGUAAGAUGCAAGGAUGGACUGCUCCCAAGGAUGUCAUCUUGAAAGUCGCGGGUAUCUUGACUGUCAAGGGAGGAACAGGUGCUAUUGUUGAAUACUUUGGCCCUGGAGUGGAUACGAUCUCUUGUACGGGUAUGGGUACUAUCUGUAACAUGGGCGCCGAAAUCGGUGCAACUACCUCCCUCUUCCCUUUCAACAGGCGUAUGGGUGACUAUCUCAGGGCAACAAACCGUGCUGAAAUUGCAAAAUACGCAGAAUCCUUCUCUGAUAAUUUGAAAGCCGAUAAAGAUGCCCAGUAUGACGAACUGAUCGAAAUUGAUUUGGAUAAACUCGAACCUCACCUGAACGGCCCUUUUACUCCUGAUCUUGCUACUCCUAUCUCCAAAUUCAAAGACGUGUUGAAAGAAAAUGAAUGGCCACAAGAACUCAAGGUUGGCCUGAUUGGCUCAUGCACAAACUCUUCCUAUGAAGACAUGGUCCGUGCAGCUUCUAUCGCUAAACAAGCCACUGAUCACGGCUUGAAGGCCAAGUCCAAGUUCACCAUCACGCCUGGUUCAGAACAAAUCAGAGCUACUAUCGAACGCGACGGCAUCAUGGAUACGCUCACCGAUGUUGGCGGUGUAGUCUUGGCUAACGCUUGUGGCCCUUGCAUUGGCCAGUGGGACCGUAAAGACGUCAAGAAGGGUGAAAAGAACUCCAUUGUCACUUCUUAUAACCGAAACUUCACUGGUCGUAACGACGCUAAUCCUGCAACCCAUGCUUUUGUUGCCUCGCCUGAAAUUGUCACUGCUCUAGCCAUUGCGGGAGACAUGACAUUUAAUCCUCUUACAGACGCCUUAACCGACGCAAACGGAAAGCCUUUCCGAUUGAACCCCCCUAGUGGUAAUGAAUUACCACCCAAGGGUUACGAUCCCGGACAGAACACAUAUCAGGCUCCCCCUGCAGAUUCCUCUAAAAUAGAAGUCAAGGUCGACCCUAAGUCAAACCGUCUUCAGCUCUUGGAACCUUUUGAGAAGUGGAAUGGUCAAGAUAUUAAAGAAGUUCCAAUUUUGAUCAAAGUUAAAGGCAAAUGCACAACUGAUCACAUCUCAAUGGCUGGUCCAUGGCUUAAGUACCGUGGACACCUCGACAACAUUUCCAACAACAUGCUCAUCGGCGCUGUAAACGCUGCUAAUGACAAGAUGAACUGCGUUGAGAAUGUCUUUACUCAUGAGCAUGGUGCUGUCCCUGACGUCGCUCGUGAUUAUAAAAAGAGAGGUAUCAAAUGGGUUGUCAUUGGUGAUGAAAACUAUGGUGAAGGAAGUUCCCGUGAGCAUGCUGCCUUGGAGCCACGUUAUUUGAAUGGUGCUGCCAUCAUUACAAAAUCAUUUGCUCGUAUCCAUGAAACCAACUUGAAGAAGCAAGGCAUGCUUCCUCUUACUUUUGCUAAUCCUGCGGAUUACAACAAGAUUGAUCCUACAGAUAAGGUUGAUAUUCUUGGAUUGACCGAUUUCCAGGAAGGCAAGCCUCUUACUCUUCGUGUACACAAGAAAGAUGGAUCUACCACUGAUAUCAAAUUGAAUCACACUUUCAACUCUGGCCAAAUCGAAUGGUUUAAACACGGUAGCUGCCUUAACUACAUGAAGGAACAGCAAGCUAAACAGGCCGCAUAA